GAACAAUAAAACUGUCAAAGGAGGGGCAAACUAAGAUACGUGGUAAUCAAAUGUGGCUUAUUAUUCUCAAGGCAGAAAAGAAGCAGAUUCGGCUGUCUUCACUGCUCUGAGGAAAGUGCAGCUACUCGCCUAACUCUUUCUUUGUCCAGUAACAUGACCAGCAAGAAAGUGAUUGCAGUGUUUGGAGCUACAGGAGCUCAGGGUGGCUCUGUGGCCAAGGCCAUUUUGGAGGGCAAAAAGUUCGCCGUGAGAGCACUAACCAGGGAUGUGACUCAACCAAAUGCACUGGCGCUCCAGGACCUUGGUGCUGAGGUGGUGAAAGGGGACCUGGAUGAUGAAGCAUCGGUAGAGGCCGCCUUAAAAGGUGCCUAUGGGGCCUUCUUGGUGACCAGCAUCUGGAACAGUAAUAGAGAAAAGAAAGAAGUGUAUCAGGGUUAAACUAUUUCAGGAAUGUCUGUUAAGUUAAUUAUACCACUUGUAGUGUUCAGUGGCCUGGAGAAUGUCAAGCGCCUGACCAACGGGAAGUUGAAAGUUGGGCACUUUGAUGAAAAGGGAGAAGUGGAGGAGUAUUUCUGGUCCAUUGGUGUCCCCAUGACCAGCAUCCGCGUGGCAGCUUACUUUGAGAACUUUUUCACCAUAUGGAAGCCCAUGAAAGCCUCUGAUGGAGAUUACUACACCUUGGGACUGCCUAUGGGGGACAUACCAAUGCAUGGCAUCUCCGUUGCUGAUAUUGGAGCAGUGGUCUCUAGCAUUUUCAAUUCUCCAGCGGAGUUUUUAGGCAAGGCCGUGGGUCUCAGUGCAGAAGCACUAACAAUACAGCAAUAUGCUGAUGUUUUGUCCAAGAUUUUGGGGAAAGAAGUCCGAGAUGCAAAGAUCACCCCAGAAGCGUACGAAAAGCUGGGAUUUCCUAAAGCAGAGGAAUUGGCUAACAUGUUUCGUUUCUAUCAAAUGAAACCAGACCGCGAUGUCAAGCUCACCCACCAACUAAACCCCAAAGUCAAAAGCUUCAGCCAGUUUAUCUCAGAAAACCAGGGAGCUUUUAAGAGCAUUUAAUCUGUUCAAACAGGUCACUGAACACACAACUUCCUUCCUCCCUGAUUCUGAUCCUCUUUAUAGUACAACAUCUACAUUUGAGAACAGAUGUGUGAGAGUAUGAUUGUUCGCAACAUCAAAGGCUUCCCCAAAGUUCUCUCUUGAGUAAGAAACACUGAAGUGAUGAUUUGACACAGUAAUUUGACUCGCAUAUAACUCUCCAGCUGGUGAUUAGGACGGUACACCUGUUUGGUUAAGUAAGAAGCCCUAAACCUAUCAUCUUUCGUAGCUCUCUCUCCCUAACAGCCAACUAACCUCACAAGGCUCUGGCCUGAGGAAGUUGGAUCUUCUUCCCUAACAUGAAUAGAACUGGCCUUGAUUUUCUCCUGCCUCAGUGAUCUUGAGCCCUGGCUCUGAAACUCCCGUAGCCAGCUCCAGUUUUGUUUUGUUUUUCUUUUCAAGGGCAUUGUCAUGUUCUCAGGGAACUUUUAAGUGAUUUUAAUUUCUUAAAAAUCUUUAUAGAGGACUUUCUGGGGAAUAUGGUGUUCAAUGAAUAAGCACAAGUGUUGGAAAUUCCUCAAUUCUAUUUUGCUUCAAGGUUGGAAGUUUAUUCUCUGAAUUAUUCAAUAAAUCAUCUAAACUCUGGGAAA